AUGGAAACUGCGAAGAACGAUUCGAACUUGCUAAUGAAACAAGGAAAAUGUCAAGUGGCGUCCGAAGCUAUCAACGUGGUCAAAGAAGCUUCAUCGAAGAGCAUCACUUGCUAUCGUUGUGGAGGGCCUCAUUAUGCGUCUGUGUGGAAGCACUCGAAAACAAAGUGCAACGCAUGCCACAAGACGGGACACCUUGCCAGUGUGUGCAAAUCAAGAAAGCAGCAAGGCCAAUCCAACAAUUCCGGACAGAAGAAAAACGCUCACAAGCGUUCUGUCUAUGCUGUUGACAAUUCCGAACAGUCGUCCACGAGUCAGCCACCCGUGACGUACAACAUGUGGUCACUGAAAUCCUCCAUAUCAUCACCUCCAUAUGUUACUACUUUGGAAGUGGCGGGGAAACCACUUCGGCUAGAAGUGGACACCGGAGCCAGCGUCUCCAUCAUCGGACAAAGAACUUUGGUAGAAGAAUUUCCAGAGCUUCAAUGUGAACCUUUGGAUGUCAUCCUAAGAAGCUAUCGCGGUGACCUUUCUAAGGUUCAAGGAAAGGUUGUCGUACCAGUUCGAUUUCUAGACAAAGAAGCAACGCUUCCUUUGUAUGUCGCACGUGAUCAGACUCCUACACUCCUUGGAAGAGGUUGGAUCAACGCCGUUGGAAUAAGUUUGGCCGAUGUGAAAGAAGUUACCACUGCAUCCAGCAUGGAAGCAGUUCUGAAAAAUCACAAAGAAGUUUUUCCGACGGACUACGUACGCUGA